GUGGUACUUUAAAAAGGCAAGCCUCUCACGGAGAGAAGAAAACCGGUCGGAGUUUGCCCGCUGAACGUCUCGUACUCUCUUUCAGUAUGCAGGUGUCUCUAGCGCUCGUGCAGUGCGGCGCGCGGCUGUUGCUGCUGCUGCUGCUACAGGGAUGUUUCACAGCUGCGCACGGAUGGAGAGCUUUAAAAAAUGAUGCUACAGAAAUUAUCCCAGAAUACACAGAGGACACGAAUAGACCCGAGGAGCAGAUACAACUUUCUGAUAACAACACAAUGAACCGAGCUAAGAACGGAGGAAGGAGGUCAUCCGCCAACUCACGCACUUAUGGAGCCUCUGAAGUAAGCUGUCGCGAGCUGCGUUCGACCCGCUACGUUACCGAUGGAUCUUGUCGCAGUGUCAAACCUGUGAAAGAACUGGUGUGUUCUGGUCAAUGCCUUCCGGCUCACCUGAUGCCAAACUCAAUUCUAAGGGGAAAGUGGUGGAGAAGCAGCUCAUCCGAUUACCGCUGCAUUCCUGCACACUCCCGCACCCAGAGGAUACAACUCCAGUGUCCUAACGGACCAAAUCGGACAUACAAAAUCCGUGUAGUCACGUCUUGCAAGUGCAAACGCUACACUCGCCAUCACAACCAAUCGGACGUCAAAGAAUCGCCCUCCAAGAAACCCAGACGCAAUAAGAAGCACCGCAGCAAAGUGCCGUCAGUCAGCAGCAAUUCGUACUGAGGGGAAAAAUUAUACAGACUGAUACAGAAACUGUCUCUUGCACACAUACAAAUACACUUGUAUACAUAUGCACACAUAUUUUUCAGAAACUGCAAUCCUCAAGUUCAAGGGAAGGAACAAACGCGUUAGCUUUAUAACAAACUUGUUGGCGUGCCAACAAGUUUCCAAUGUAUUUCAGAUGUCUCACUGUGCCGAAGUAGUCCCAGUUUGAUCACAGAAUGCCAGCGGACUAAUGGACGCUUGAGUGAAAGACGUAUGCUGUUAUGUGAGAUUAGUUCAGGGAAUGUGAUAGUUCGUGAUAUUCUUGCUCAAGCAGUUCAAUUUGAGUUUGAAGUUCAUUGAAAGGGUAAGCUAACUGCGCAGCGCUCAUUUGAAUGGUUGUGUACCAGAUUUGGAGCAGCGUAUGAUUUGAGCGUCCAGCCGUGUCGGGCCCAAAAGACACGCCGCUGUUGACAGAUCGCUGAGGCCCAGAAUUCUUAACCUUGGUCAGUUUUACCAGCCGACGAGUCCUUUUGAAGGGCCGGGGAGCUGAGCCAGUCACCAUGUGAGUUUCUGCAACUCUGAAACUGAUCAGAACUGGCAGUUACGAGGAGUUCGAAAAGUUGUGUCAGCCCUCCGCGGUCCAAGUCCCUGGAGGUCAAGAACCGCAAACGAUAUUCCUGUGACUUGUCCUAAUUACCAAAUAGUUCCAUUCCUGUGUUUAGGAUUUGAGUCAUAAAAAGCCAUUUCCUCUAGACAUGGUCAGUUCCUGUUUGUUAGCACACCCGAAAAAGAGGCCCACAUGUGUGCAAGAAUCUGCAGCGAUUCCUCGCGGGCAAAGAACCUUUCUGCACCCUCCUUCAAUGGAAACCAUUUGGAGAUAUUCAGCUAUCUGCAAUCGCUAGCAGGUUACCUACACCCAUUACUGAAGUCUUCAGCAAAGAUGUCAUCCUUCCUGUCUCGUGACCGGAAAAGUGAGACAAAUAAGUGAAGCAAACGUUGAAAUUGUGGGCUGGAUGUUGAUUUUACACAGGAUAAGAGAUAAGAAAACUGUUCAACAUGUUCUGCUCGUGACUUCCCCACCUUUUUUUUUUUUUUUUCAAA